UUAGUUAUUUAUUGAUCUCAAUUAUAAGGAGCCUAGACACAAAGACAUGGCAGCCAACAACACCGUUAGCUUGAAGCUUCUGGUCGACUCAACAAGCCAAAGAGUUCUGUUUGCGGAAUCCGGUAAAGAUUUUGUUGAUUUUCUGUUCAACAUCCUAUCGUUGCCGAUCGGCACGGUCACGAGACUUCUCACGAAACACGACAUGGUAGGUGCACUUGGAAACCUGUAUGACAGCCUUGAGAACAUGAAUGAUACCUACAUUCAGCCAUCAGCAAACAAAGACACCCUUUUAAACCCUGUAGUUUCCAACACUACUGCAAAUGUACCUCCUUUGUUGCCAUCGACCGAAUCGUCGAAACCGGUCGGAAUUUAUCGGUGCGGUAACAUUUACAAUUUUACCAACUGCCGUCUCUACGUCACGACCAAUUCUACAUCCAUUUGUCCUUCCUGCAAAAAUGUCAUGAACCAAAAUGCAUCGGUUGUUAAUCCUAAACGGAAGGAUUCAUCCGAUAAGGAGGGAGGUUACGUGAAAGGGGUAAUUACAUACAUGAUCAUGGAUGAUCUUGUUGUACGGCCUAUGUCAGCCAUCUCUUGUAUUACUUUACUCCACAAGUUCAAUGUCAAAGAUGUAGGUGUUCUUGAGGAGAAAACCAUCGAUGUGGGAAUGGAUGAGGGUGUGAAGUUGCUCAAGGCAUCGAUGCAGUCCAAGGCCGUGCUCACCGAUGUGUUCAUUGAGAAGAAAACUGGCGAAAACGGCGAUGUUGGCGAUUCUGCCUGUUCACAUUCGAUUACAAUAUAGGAAAGGCUGGUUGAAUUCCUGGUUGCAAGAUUGUUUCAGGAGUCUCUCAGUCUAGUAUGAAUUACUGGUUCUAUGAUAUGUUAUUUCAUAAUGGUGUGGUUUGAAAAACCUUGUAA